AUUCUAACGUGUGAGGGGCGGUUCGCGGUCUGUACGUCAUAUCCCUGCUCUCCAGCCAAUCCCACACGCUGCCUCCUCGUUCUGGUUGCCAGGGAGAUCUUGGCGUCCGCUUAGAGUGUCAGUUAGGGGCUGGUGACGUCACUGGUGCGCGCCGUGCUGCUGGGGCUGCUGGUCAGAGGCACGGUCAGUAUGUGUGUCAGGUUGGAUGGGGGAUAGGGGCUGGCACGGCACGGCAGCCAUUCUAAUGGUGACCCUGCAAGCUGGGAGCCCAGGGUCCUGCUGCCCACUGUCUGAUUGAAUUAGUGUCAUUAUUCAUGCAGUGUGCUCAGUACGGGGACAGCAGACAGAUUGGAUAUCACUAUGAAAACAAAAUCUAUUCAUAUUAUUAUAUUUUCUGCUCACUAUCUCCCCUUAGCUACACUCCUAGUGUCCAUAUUUAGGAUCCAGAUCCUUCUGUCCCUGUUUGCUCCAAUAAUCCCCCUCUUUUCUAGGAGUUCCAUAUUGUUGUUUGUGUAUUAUUAUUAUUAUUAUUUAUUAGUGUAUAACAGAGCUCCACAGAAAUAACACUCCUAGUAAUGUGUCUUUAAAUUAGAAAUCAGUCUUGGUGUUUAAAAGUGGUUAUUGGCUGCUUUCAUGUAAGCUAUUAUCAGCUAAUAUUGCAGUUCACUUCUAUUAUGACUGACUCACAGUAGAGGGGUUGGAGACCAAAUACUCAGACAGCCAUGACUUGUUUUUUGUCCUAGAGUUCAUUACAUCAUACUCCCUAUAACUAUAUGUAAUGGUUAUGGUGCUUGGUGUCCUUUCUAAAUACAUUUUGGUUUGGGAGAUAUAGAGUUGGGGGAUUUAGGAGAUUUGAAAUGAUACAUUUCAAAGUUAGGAACUCCUUAAAGCGGCACUGUCAUGCCGAACUUGCCUUUCUUUGAUUCCUCUUCUCUCCCUCUCUCAGGAUCUGUUCUUCAUUUCUUCCUGUCUGCCCUAGUUUUCUUUAAAACAUAAGACAAAGUAGGGACUAUUUGUCGUAUGUAGGUUUCCUACACUUGACCAUCUCUGACCAGUGGAGGAGCAAAGUGUGCUUCAUUUCCGGUGGUCAGAGCAAUUUUCCCACAAUUCUCACCUUCCCUCCGUGUUCCCACGAAGCCUUCUUUCACUUUUCCCAAACGUCCUUUCAUUUAAACAGCACGCCGGCAAAACUACCGAAUUGCGUCCUAACAGAAUAAGAACAGUUUCUCCAUUUGUGUUAGGGCGCAAUUCAGGACUUUGUUCAGAUCGGAAUUUCAUUCGAUCUUGCAGCCAUUUAGUAGAUAACUCCCUAAUUCCCACGUUAACGUUAGUAAAAUCUGCCCCUACUCGCUAUAUCGCGAGUAGGGGAAUGUAUACUAAACAGUGAGCAACCAGUGGCUGCUCACUGUAAAAAUAAAAAACCCAGUAUCCCCCCUCCGACACGGCACGGGUGGGGGCUAAUAAACUGAAGGGGGGAUCUAGCGGCACCCACCCCUGAGCGGCAGGGGGUCCUUAAAUAACAAUAAGGGGGGACGGACUUAGGCUUAUAAAGCCUUCCCACGCCCUGCAAUUAGGCUCAGAGCACUCUGGUUGGUUUAAGCCAACUAAUCAGAGACCUCUGACAGGUAAGUCUCUACAUUUACCUAUCACAACACUCUGAUUGGUUUGCUUGAAAUCCAACCAAUCAGAGUGCUCUGUGUCAUUUUACACAGCGUGGGACUUACCUGUCAGUCUCUUCAUUUACCUGUCAGAGCUCUCUGGUUGGCUUAAACCAACCAGUCAGAGCACUCUGGGCCUAAUUGCAGCACGUGGGAAGGCUUUAUAAGCCUUUCCCUACCCUGCGGAGCUCAGUCUGCACCGUGCUCUCCAUUGGUGAAGAUGGAUUAUUUUUUUUGCGCUCUGUUUUUUUAUUUUAUUUUUUACACGUUCAGGUAUUAUGGAUUUUAAUUUGGCCUUUUUUGGGGCUGAAAAAUGAAGAUUUUAGAAAAAAUAAGACAUCAAAUGGUAAGUUUAUUUUUUUUUUUUUUAACAGGUACUUAGUUCUUUUAUUCCCUCCUCACUAUUUAUAGGUGGAGGCGGGUCCGUAGGGUUUUAUUAAUUAAAUUUUUUUAAUUAAUUUUUGUUUUGGGUGUAGACAGUAGACAUGCGAUAUAGUGAGUAGGGACAGAAAUUACUAAUACUAAGUAAGCUUUACUUAGUAUUAGUAAAUUUGGCUGAAAGACCAGCUUAGGUUUUUCAGCUUUUUGGUAGAUAGCUCCCUAAUACCGUGGGAAUUAGGGAGUUAUCUACUAAGCGGCUGCAAGAUGCGGCACGAAUAGGAUCGGAGUUUCAUUCAUUUGAAUGAAAUUCCCAUCCGAAAAAACUUCCGAAUUACGUCCUAACACGAAUGGAGAAACUGUUCUCAUUCUGUUAGGACGCAAUUCGGUAGUUUUGCUGGCGUUCUGUCUAAAUGACAGAAUGUUCGGGAAAAGUGAAAGGAGGUUUCGUGGGAACACGGAGGAAAGGUGAGAAUUGUGGGAAAACUGCUCUGACCACCAGAAAUGAAGCACACUUUGCUCCUCCGCUGAUCACAGAUGGUCAGGCGUAGGAAACCUCCAUAAGACAAAUAGUCCCUACUUUGUCUUAUGUUUUAAAGAAAACUAGAGCAAACAGGAAGAAGUGAAGAACAGACCCUGACAGAGGGAGAGAAGAGGAAUCAAUUAAAGAAAGGUAUGUUUUUGGCAUGACAGUGCCGCUUUAACUAGAGUAGUCGCCCUCCACCAGUUCCGUGAGAAUGUAUGCUACCUGGCUAUUGUACAUAUAACACAGUGGGUUUUAUACACUAACGUUUGCAAAAAAUAAUCCAUCCGGGACCAUUCAGACUGAAAAAUCUGGAUUUUGAAACCCAGGUUGAACUUAAAGGACCACUAUAGGCACCCAGCCCAGGUCCAGCUAGGUUUAACCCUUUUUUCUAUAAAGAGAAACUGCUAUGUUUAUAAUAGGGUUAAUCCAGCCUCUUGUGGCUGUCUCAUUGAGAGCCGCUAGAGGCGCUUCUCACUGUGAUUUUUCUAUGGACUGGCUGAAUGCGCGCGCGGCUCCUGCCGAGGAGGAGAGUCCCCCACCCGGUGCUGGAGAAAGAGGUAACCCCUUCCACCUCCUAGAGUCCGGCAGGAGAGGGACCCUGAGGGACAUACUUGUUUUCCUGGCACUAUAGUGGUCCUUUAAAUGGAGGAAAGUUCCUCUUUAGUCUUAUUCAGAGGCUAAUAUCUAAUGAAAAGUUAAAUGUAGGUUGGGCUAAAAUUAUUUAAAAAUUUUGUUAUAGUUUUAUUCUUUAAGAAUUUGUAGAAAAUAUUCUUGCUUUUAUUCAGCUUUGACCAGAAUUCUGAUUAGUAGAGAUCUCUGGGAAGCUGGUUAAUACAGCUGUCAGUUCAUUGGAAAUAAGACUAGGAAAAUCUAUUGUUAAAAUAACAUCCAUAGCCCUAUUUCUUUAAGGGAAUUUGACAUAAUACCAUUUCCAUAUCACAAUUUUCUUUUUUUUAGUUCUUGUAAAACAUUCACACAAGAUUAAUUUGUUUGGACCUGUUAUCAUUUCUCCCAUACAGUAUAGAAUACUACAAUGUGGACAUAAUUGGGAUGGAUGAAAAGAGGCACAGCUGUUAUAAACACGUUUUUGUCUGAAAUUGACUCUUAAGGCACUAAGCACUGGUCUCUUAUAACUCAUCCUUUUGUCAAAACAUGGUGCUGUAGACAUGUGAUGUAAUCAGAAUGCUUUGUUCCUUUGGUAGCAAGUUGUGUCUGACAUUCGGUGAGUGGUGCCAGUGAUUUUGUUGGAUUUAAUUUUGAAUAUUAUAGCCAUGUGUGAAAAGUAAAAAAGGUGUAAACAAUCUGUCAAAACCUGUUAAAAAAGGUUGCUUUGCAGUAAUUAUAUAUUACUGGAUGAUAUAAAAGAACAAAUUCCUUCUAGCAAAUUACUUUUUACUACACUGGGUUGAGCACAUUCAUAAUUAAAAAGAUGGAAAGGUUGACUCAUGCCAUUAUAAGGAUGUUAUAUAUCCUGAAUAACAUGUGGUUAACGAAGUUAAAACUAUAUAUUUCUACUUUUCUAUGCAUUAGUGACCAUAACAAGAUUGAGGCAUACACAUGCUUUGUUUUAUAGCGUUAAAAGAAAAAAAUGCACACUGUUGGUAAGCACCCAGUAGAAAAAAUAUGCACUCACGGCACAGGUCCUCAAUGCACCCCUAUGACAGAAUAUACAGAGAGAAGAGAGGAAACCGCGCCUUAUAGGAGCAGAUACCUUCAACACUCCGAUGGUAUGGCAAUAUAGUGUUGAAGAUAUCUGCUCCUAUAUCCUUAGACGGGGAUUGUAACGUCCAUGCGAAUUACGGUAGAGCUCCUGAUUAGCUCUACCAAAUGUGAGUGUAAAUUAUCUUCACUUAUUGCAUCACUCCUUUUAGCUUUUUAAAUAUACUGCACAAUUGUGUUCUCCCUCUGUGUUUUCUCUUUGAGGAUAUAUUAUAUUUACAUCAAGUAACAGACACUGAAUGUAUGUAUGCACAUUUAAUUUAAGGCGCGGUUUCCUCUCUUCUCUCUGUAUAUAUUGUUUUUUUACAAGGUUGGGAAUCCUUGUAUUGGUUACUGCUGCCCACUAACUUUCUAUUUUGGACUCAGCACCUAACAUACCCUUUUUCUAUAUUUGUUAUACCCCUAUGACAGAGCUUGACAAAUUUAGAAUCUAGAAGCCAGCUAAAAAAGUAAGGUGCCAGUAUUUUUUUCUUCUUUUUUUACUAACAUUUUCAGCAAGAAAAAUGCAAUUCUUAAAGGAACACAAUAAUCAACAGAAUCACUACAAUUUAAUGUAGUUGUUCUGGUGUCUAUACCCUGUCCCUGCAGGAUUUUCAAUGUUAACAUUGCCUUUUUUUGAGAAAAGGCAGUGUUUACAUUGCAGCCUAGUAACAUCUAAUGACAGUCACUCAGACCGCCACUAGAGGUGAUUCCUAGUCCAGUGCUGCACGCUCUGGGGAAUGUUCCCCAUAGAGAUGUAUUGAUUCAGUGUUUUUCUAUGAGGAGAUGCUGAUUGGCGCAGCAUUUUGCUGCGCAUGCACAAUAUCCACAAGUGCUUUCCUCAGCUUAGCUGAGAUCAUAAAGAUUGAUGAUCUCAGCUACGGAGGCAGGACCAGCUGUGGCAAAACUGGCACAGCAUGGGGGAAAAGUUGAGUAAAAACACCUUUUCCAUGCGAUCAGAGGGGAACAGGUACCUAAACAGACGCACUCUUUAACUAAGGCACACACACAUUUUCUCACAAUUUGACUUUUUUUUUUUUUUUUAAUUUAAAUCCACCCAGCUUCCCUACCUUUCGGAGAGCUGAGUGGAUCUUUCCCUGGGAUUAAGUGUGGCUGUACUCUAUUCUUCCUGCAGUUCCUCUCUGAUCCCCCUGUGCACCAUGGCGACCUGGCACCUGGAAUUUGUUGAGCCCUGCCCUAUGAGGCGCAUUGGAUUGGACCAGCUAUGGAGGAAGUGACACCUGUUUAAUAAGAGACGAAGCUACCUAUUGUGGAUAUCCCUUUAACAUCCACUAGAGGGACUUCCUGGGUUUGUUCCUACAAAGAAUGCAGUAUUGACGUUCAGCGUCUCCACAUUCUGCAUGGAGAUGCUGAGCACUUCCCUGAGUUGCAUUAUUAUUAUUAUUGCCAUUUAUAUAGCGCCAACAGAUUCCGUAGCGCUUUACAAUAUUAUGAGAGGGCGAUUUAACUAUAAAUAGGACAAUUACAAAAAACUUACGGGAGCAAUAGGUUGAAGAGGACCCUGCUCAAUCAAGCUUACAUUCUAUAGGAGGUGGGGUGUAAAACACAUUAGGAAAAUAAUUUGCAGUCAAAUAAGGUGGGCUGCCCUUUAGGAGAGAGCAAGAGACAGGUAUGUGAGGUAGAGGUUAGUCUUGGAGGCCAUAAGCUUUCCUAAAGAGAUGGAUUUUAAGGCACUUCUUAAAAGAUGCAAGACUAGGGGAGAGUCUGAUGGUGGUAGGCAGGCUAUUCCAUAGGAAGGGAGCCGCCCGCGAGAAGUCCUGCAAGCGUGAGUUGGCCGUACGGGUGCGGACAACGGACAGGAGGUGGUCACGGGCAGAGCGGAGAGACUGAGAAGAUACAUACCUAUGGACCUGUGAGGAGAUAUGAGGAGCUAGAGUUGUUCAGUGCUUUAUAGGUGUGAAUUAAUACCUUGAAUUGACUCACACCUAUAAAGCAUUGAAUAACUCUAGCCCCUCUUAUAUCGCCUCACAGAUCCAUAGGUAUUACAUUGCAUUUCUAUGACGAGAUCUUGAUUGGCGCACCGCACAAAUUUGUCAUGCAUGCACACUAGCCUCCCAAUUCUUACCUAUGGGAAAGCAUUGAGUUGGCUGAGAUCAGGGAGGUGCAUAUAGCACAUUGACUGGCAUGAUGGGAACAACAAGAAAAGUUAAUUAUUUUUAUUUUGCUUUAUAGUUCACAUGGGGGGGAAUAAUUUUAACUUGUUACUAGGACACUACAGCGUUAAAAAAAAAAAAAAAAAAAAAAAGCUUGUAUUCCUAACACCAUAAACCGUUAUAAAAAAACAAACAAAUUAAUUUAGAAUUUUAGGUGAAAUUUGCCAAAAAGAAAAUAAUCUGUCAGUAGCCAUUUAGCUAAUCUGGCCUUAAAAGGACCAGCUGUUCUGGUGAGUAUAGUCAGGUCCUGCAGGCUUUUUAUUGUAAACACUGUCUUUUCAUUUUUUUUUCCCCAUACAUUGCAGCCUAGGAACACCUCUAGUGGUGCUUCCUGGGUCAGUGCUGCAAACUGUGCAGCAUUGAUGUUCAGCGUGGAGACGCCAAACUUUCCCAUAGCAAUGCAUUGAUUCAAUGCAUCUGUCUCAGUAACUGCUGAUUGGCCAGAAUGGUGUUUGGCUCUGCCCCCGCCUCUUUGGCUGAGAUCAUCAGAAUUGACAAUCUCAGCCAAUCCAUUGUUUUCCUAUGGGGAAGCAUUGUGAUGGGCUGAGAUCAUCACUUCUGAUGAGGUCAGCCAAGGAGACGGAUCUGGGACAGAGCCCUUUGGACCUUUUCAGCGGCGCUGAAAACAAGGGAAGAUUUUUACUAUAUUUAGAGUGGUAGGGGGAGACAUGGGGGGCUAACUAAAGAUUUUAACACUAUACGGUCAAGAAUAAAUGUUUGUGUUCCUGACUCUAUAGUGUUCCCUUAAAUUUGAAAUUCCCUUUGAAUUCUCCCUUUUGUGAGUAGUCCUGUUAGUGUUCCUUUAAGCACAAUGCCAACCAUAUAGGAUUAGUAUCCUUGAUGUGUCAAAAUCUAACCGUUUGUAAAGAUGCAUAAAUGCUAAUUUUUUCUGUAAAUACAUAGUAUGUAAAAUUCCACCCAACGUGUGUAUGUGUGUGUGUGUGUGUGUGUGUGUGUGUGUGUGUGUAUAUAUGUGUAUAUGUAUCAUCUCUGCAUGGCAGGUGGUAUGUAUUUCAGGAUAGUUAAUACUGACCUGACAAGUAGCCAAAAACAGUAAUUACUGAAACAUUAAAGGACCACUAUAGUGCCAGGAAAACAUACCGUAUAUACUCGAAUAUAAGCCGAGUUUUUCAGCACAUUUUUUGUGCUGAAAAACCCCAACUCGGCUUAUACUCGAGUCAGUGUCUGUAUUAUGGCAACUUACAUUGCCAUAAUACAGACUGGGGGCUGGCAGCGAGCGCUUACCACUCCUGCAGCUCCUGUCAGCUACCUGCUCCUCCGCGCCGGUCCGUGCAGCACCUCGGUCAGCUCCCAGUGUAAGUCUCGCGAGAGCCGCACUAUGACCCCGCGGCUCUCGCGAGACUUACACUGGGAGCUGAGAGAAGAGCUGCACGGACCGGCGCGGAGGAGCAGGGAGCUGACAGGAGCUGCAGGAGAGGUAAGUGCUUCCUGCCCGCCCACCUCCUCCCCCACUGAACUGCCAAUGCCACUGGACCACCAGGGAAGGAGAGAGUGUGUAUAUGAGUGCAGUGUGUAUAUGAGUGCAGUGUGUGUAUGAGUGCAGUGUGUGUGUGUGUGUGUGAUGCAGUGUGUGUUUGUGUUGCAGAGCCUUGGUGGGGCUUUUAUAAUAAUUAAUAUUAUUUUAAUUUUUUUGUUAUAUUAUUUUUUUUAUUAUUAUUUUUAUUUAUAUAUUAUUAAUUUAUUUAUUUUUCGUCCCCCCUCCCUGCUUGAUACAUGGCAGGGAGGGGGGACGAAAAAUAAAUAAAUUAAUAAUAUAUAAAUAUAAUAAUAAAAAAAAAUAAUAUAACAAAAAAAUUAAAAUAAUAUUAAUUAAUAAUAUAUAAAUAUAAAUAAUAAUAAAAAAAUAAUUAAAAAAUAAUAUAACCAAAAAAAUGAAAAUAAUAAAUAAUAAUAUUUAAUUUUUUUUUUAUUUUUUUUAUAAAAAUGCCCACCCCCCACCAAGGCUCUGCAACACAAACACACACUGCAUCACACACACUGCAUUCAUACACACACACACUGCAUUCAUACACACACACACUGCACUCAUACACACACUGCACUCAUAUACACACUGCGCACUCAUACACACACACACUGUAAAUAAAUAUUCAAUUAAUAUAAUUUUUUUAGGAUCUAAUUUUAUUUAGAAAUUUACCAGUAGCUGCUGCAUUUCCCACCCUAGUCUUAUACUCGAGUCAAUAAGUUUUCCCAGUUUUUUGGGGUAAAAUUAGGGGCCUCGGCUUAUAUUCGGGUCAGCUUAUACUCGAGUAUAUACGGUACUCUUUUUCCUGGAGCUGCGCGCGCAUUCAGCCUGUCUCAUAGGAAAGCAUUCAUAAUGCUUUCCUAUGGACGCUGGCGUCUUCUCACUGUGAUUUUCAGAACGUGCAAAAAAGAAAAGUCAGUCCUCAUUCAGGUCACAUACCGUUUUAAAGGAACACUCCAUGUGUCAUAACAAAUAUAGUGCAUCGCUUGGUAAUUAAUUUUUUGAGCAGGUGCAGAUACCUUCACUGUUGCUUGAAUUAUGUUCAUGGUAUGAAUGAUCCAUAACUAUAUGUACUUUGUAUCAUACCACUUUUACCAAGCUGUAAUGGAGCAGGAAGAUAUAUAUAUAUAUAUAUAUGUGUGUGUGUGUGUUUAGAAAGGCCAUUAGGCCUGAAUUUGUGGGAGGAGUAAGUCCCCGACUUAAACUCCCAGCCCCUACUCACCGCUGCCGCUCAGCUGAUUGUCCAGCACUUCCGGUCCAGCUUCCCGCCAGAACUGUUCCUGUUUCCAGCAAUCAGACGUCCUGAUCAAUCCUCCGUCCGUUCGAGGUCCUUCCACUCGGUACCCGACUUCCGGUCACGAGACCGGCACGUUCACGUAAGCUAAGCGAGGGAAUAAGCGUUCGCUAUUCCCCGCCGUUCGGGCCUAAAAACGUAGGGGUAGGCUCCCUCUAUCGCAUUUACACGAAUACAUGCUCUUCGGCUAAAGUUUCAGUUCGCGCCAAAACGCACGAACGUUCGGCUCAUUUUACUAUCGUUUAAACAUAUUCGUAAGGAAACUACCGAAUCUAUAUUUAAAGUAUUAAGUUAAUUAUUAUCUGUAUUCCCCUUUUCCGUUCGGUCACUCAGUACCAACCUAUUUCGUACGGUUAAUACACGAACACCAUCUUACUAAUCCAUAUUCGGCUAUAUUUCUAUUCUAACAAGCUAAAGUAUGCACAAGUUCUAAUCACACGAAUCCUACUACAUUUUUCGUAUAUUCCUUGUUCGGUCAGAUUAUUACUAAUACCUUCACAUCAGUAUGGGGUUAUACUAUCUGGUUUAACUACCAGCCUUGUGUUUUUUCUACCUAUGCUAACCGAUUUAACGUAUUUUACUGUAAUAAACAUACUGUUUUAACCAUGGUACAUACCUUCAUACGUGACUAAUACAAGCAAUACCAUUUUUCUAAAAACACUCAGAUAUAAGUCAUUUAAACACUACGUGCCAGAAAUACCCAUUACACCAACAUCCGUACUAUUCUUUUCACAUAAAUCACGCUGUCACAUAUUUUGGCUUUUACAGAUUGCAUCGGUCUCUUGCUUUUCUGCGCUAAAGUUGUUAUUUCAAGGUCCUUUAUUACAGGAACAGGUAUUGUAUCUUUACAGGUAGAAUCCAAGUCCAGUUGGUGAUCUCCUUUCAGCCCCGAUAGGGGUAAGAAAGGCACAUAUCCCUCCUAGAGCCCUGAAAACAAAAAACAAAAAAAGUGCCACCAGGUUGUACAGAUGCAGGGGAUAACCCUAAUAUAAAAUAAGAAAAAGGACACUAAUUCACCAGCACAGAUACCCAACUUGAUAUUGUGCCGGGAAAAAGCUGUACAACCCUAUUAACAUAUACUUAUGAUAAAAAUUGUAUCGUGAUUUAUUAAAGAUAAAAGCCUUAGUCUCCUAUCCACUAGGUACAUAGAUGUAGAAGGCAGAAAAUAUCUAUGUAAGAGGCUAAAAUAGCAAUAGGCAGAUAGAACUAAAGAUAGACAUAGUCUGUUCUAAAUUAGAUAGAGAGAUCUAGUAAAGACUAAUAGUAGGUAUCUAGAAGGCAUAUAGACGCUCCAUUCUACACUACAUAGUCAUAAAUCAUCUAGAAACUCUCUAAAAAUCACAGCUAGAUGCUACCUAAAUAGAAUCCCUAAUGCUUCAGCAUAACAUAGAUCUAAUGCCAACUAGCAUAACUAGUCCUAUGGAGGGACUAAAAAAAGGUGUGGAACUCAAUUAAGUGCUAACCCCUACAUCCCAAGUGCAUAGUUAAAAAUAAUAAAGUAGGAAAAAGCCCUACGCGCGUUUCAGCGUAUCAAGACGCCGUCGUCAGGGGCAAAUACAAAAGCUACCGGUCUCUCCCGCUUCUUUAAAUGUCCAAAACACAAUUGGACAUUGUUAACAGCUGGUUCGUCAAAGUGGGAAACUCACAUCUCAUUGGUCCCAAUGAAGCCCGCCUCUCAGUCAUAUGCUCGUGGUCCACUGUAGCCCAGCCUCCUUCCGCAUACUCUCCGUGACGUCAACACGCCACGUCACGUGGCGCUAAAGUUGUUAUUUCAAGGUCCUUUAUUACAGGAACAGGUAUUGUAUCUUAUCACUUUGAGUUAUCAGGUUUUAUCACUUACCUUCACAUCUGUCGCUAAAUAUGGAAAUUGUCUUUGGUUAAACCCUUAGAUCCUGUAUUAUUCUAAACUUCCACCGAUUCUACGCAGUUAACCUGCCUCGCUUAAACGUAAAUCUCUGUACUUCAAAACCAAGGUAUAGUUCACUCUCUUUUCCAUACUAGACCUCACGCGGUCUCAAUUCCAUUACUACCUUUCCUCAGGCUUACGCUCACGAUACGUUAUCUCUUUACUAUUUGUCUACAUAGACAUUUGGUCAUACGGCCGUCAGGCUCAGAAAACACCAAAACCUGACCCGGUACUCAGCCAUACCUUCAGGUACUUACGUCCUUACUCAAGUACGUCCAUUCUCUACCCCAAGGCCUCAUUCUGCCUUCUCACAAAUAUCUAAAAUCAUCCCAUUCUUACACCUAACCUUCCAGAUCCCUCAAUGCAGGAUCUCACGUUGCGCCCCUAACAAACCAACUCCCAAUACUAAUCAUACGACAUCACGAUACGCAUAAAUACAUCAACAUCUGUCUUAAAUCCUCAGGAUUUUUCCUCAAGGACAGCAAUAAGACAAGACUCUCUACACUUAUUACCCCAAGGAGGCUCCAGAUACCAUUUGCGACCAGUCAAGGUUAGUAUCCACACACCACUCCAGUCCUCUCACUUUACCCUUAAGCAUACAAUCGAACUGGCUUCAGGGCCCAGGCUAAUGCCGUAGUCGACCCUAUCAGGAAAUCUGACCCCGCGAGGCCUACCACCCCCACCCCACCUCAACACGGAGGUACGGCCCCACGCCCAAAUCAUAGUUAUAAGCCUUGCAUGCCCUACUACAGGGCUCUAGUUAGGGCCUCACCUGUCACGGCCACACGUUUUGUUUUCUCUUUACCGUCACCGAGAGGCCAACAUCCCGCCACCACGUCUGUGGCAGCUACGUCAUAAGCCAAAUCAUAGGUAGAGCCUCUCACCGCCACUUGGCAUUAGCAGAGCCUCACCUAUCCAGUCAUUCAACAGUUAAGUUUUUUGCUUUGGCAUCUAGCAUUACAGUCCAGUUCUUCCAGAUACACCACCCCCAUACCCCUCCUACUUACCUCACUCCCCCUCUAAUAUAUCUUUCACAUAAUCAUUCCUUUUUAGAAUGUCCCAAGAACCAAUUCCAACCGAAGAAUUGACAGAAGGAACACCAUUCACGCCAAUCAGACCCGGGUCUCCAGGCGAAUCACUCACCCUUUCAACCCCCACGUCCUUGAGAGCAUGGACUAUUCCCAAAAUCACGGCCGAGCUUAGGCUCAGGGGAAUCCCCUUUCCGGCCACAGGUAGAAAGGCAGAACUUUAUAGGCUGCUUACCCAACAAGCCCCGGAGCCUAGGCCUGGAACUAGCUCUCAAGGACAACCACCAAGAAACAGCACGGCGACCCAGGAUACCCUGGCAGAUAUCUUGGCCAAUCUACAGACCCUCAAAAGCAGGCUAUCUAAGGUGGAGAGCGCCAUCUCCUCCUCAGGUACUAACACCGAAGUCCCAGUCUCUACCACGGCUGUACCUGCUAUACCAACAUGCCCCCCUAUACUCCCCCCUCCAGCACCUGGCACAGCCAUCACACCAUUCGAGUCACCAGGACACUCCGUCCCAGACUCUAUCAGGAAAGAUAUCCUAGACGGGAAGGAUGUGUGUCUGGUGUCUUUACUCAUAGCCUCUCAGGAUAUACUCGAGAACAAGGCAUACAACUAUGGUGACAUUUCAGUUGUGCUCAAAACGAGGGAUCCCAGGCUCAAUAAAAAAUUGUCUAUCCCCCAGUUCCUGACCGCUUUAGGGAUAUACCGCGACGUCAUUUGCACGGUGUAUCCCCACAGGAGAGAAGAGCUAGAUCUCUAUCUCCACAAGGUAGUGGAUCUAGGCAUCAAGUACGGGGGCUCUUCCUUCUACGACUACCACAAGUCAGUUUCAGCGAAGGCGGCGACCCAUCUCAAGCAGUUCAACAUUAGAAUGAACUGGGGUCAGAUGGACACAGAACUUUUCUGUCGCCACUUCGCUGGACUCAGGCCCCCGGCUUGUGCCAUUUGUAAUUCUACAUCCCACAUGGCGGACUUAUGUCCCGUCGAAUCAGAUCCCACCACCUCCACUCCCACCCCUCACCCCACGUUCACACCUCACUCCACUUUCACCCCUCACAACAAGCCAGCGGGUGGUCUUCGGGAUAAGCUGGGUAGGCCCAUGUCCUUUUUAGGUAAGGCGCAGGUGUGCAAUAAUUUCAACGCAGGCUCCUGCAGUUUCAGCGCCUGUAGAUUAUUGCACAUCUGCUCUAUAUGUUUCAGGGCACAUACCAAAACCUGGUUUUUUAUCUAUGGUCUCACUCCAGCAGGCACUUGGUGGAUUUUCUCACCACAGGUUUCUCGCAAGGGUUUCACACAGGCAUAGUAGCCAUUCCCCCAGGUACACUAGAAUGUCCUAAUCUCCAGUCAGCAUGUUUAGACCCAGUCGCUAUAGACACUCUCAUUUCCUCAGAAACCACUAACGGUUUCAUGAUCGGACCCUUCACCUCUUCACCGUUUUCCUCCUGGCGCACUAACCCUAUUGGUAUUGCUAUUCACAAAUAUUCUAAUAAAAAACGUCUUAUCGAUUUAUCGGCACCGCACUCAUUCCAGCAGACGAAUUCUCACUUCAGUAUGUUACCAUCGACGACGCCAUAGAGUCCAUCAUAUCAUCUGGUAAUCGACCCUGGCUCAGCAAAACAGACAUCACAAACGCGUUUAAAUUACUGCCCAUACACCCCUCACUCUGGCACUUACACGGUGUUAAAUGGCGAGGGAAUUAUUACUUCUCAACACGACUCACUUUCGGUUCUCGAAGCAGCCCCAAACUUUUUGACAUUUUCGCAGAGUCACUAUGCUGGCUGCUUCUGAACGUCAUCAGGUGUCACUCCGUUAUUCACUAUCUAGACGACUUUCUACUGAUAGAGCCAGGGUCAUUAACACCCUCAGCAAUCAAAAGUACUACCGCACUAUUUUCCACACUUGGAGUCCCUUUGUCCCCAGCCAAAACUAUAGGACCCACAACAAAGUUGACCUUUUUAGGUAUAAAGCUCGACUCUGUCAAACUCAGAGCUAGCCUUCCCCACGACAAACUAUCACGAUUGAGAGGGGAGAUAGACAUGUUCCUGCGGAAUGAUGUUUGCACCAGGAGAGAACUUCAGUCCCUUCUUGGAUCUCUGAACUUCGCCAUGCGCAUCAUUCCGCAGGGAAGGUCUUUCAUAUCCAGACUUCUUUGCCUGCUCCACGGAGUCCCGGACUCCGGCACAGUUUCUUUGGACCCCCACGCCAAGGCUGACUUAGCUAUGUGGGGGAAGUUUUUGAAAGACUGGAAUGGUAUCUCCAUGUUUAUCCCCCCUCUCUCCACCUCUUCACCCAUCAUCCACACAGACGCAGCAGCCAACACCGGUUUCGCAGCCAUUUUUGGGAACCACUGGUUUAGGGGCCACUGGCCCACUGAGACGGAUGCCUUGCCAGGAUUCAGGGAGACCUCAGCCCUAUUUGAAAUUUACCCCAUUGUGGCGGCCGCACACACCUGGGGUCAUCUCUGGUCCGGCAAGGCAGUAAAAUGCUACUCAGAUAACACUGCAGCUUGCGAAAUCGUUAACAAAGGGCGCUCAUCAUCCCUGACCAUCAUGCGGCUGAUUCGCAAGUUGACCUGGCUGGCAGCAUCCGGUCAGUUUCACUUAGUAUGUUCACACAUCCCGGGUAUUCACAACACGGCCACUGACGCUCUUUCUCGUUCUCAAUUCCAGGCAUUUUCUCAGGCACUCCCAACGGCUCACCAACAGCCAUCCAGGACACCACGGUUUCACGAACUAAUCUUGGAUUAAGCACACUCUUGCUUCACGCUAGAUCACUCACUCACCAAGCAUUAUCACCCAACACUGCUAUCACUUACAAUAGGGCACUUAACAUAUUUAACAAAUUCACUGCAGAAUUCGGUCUACAAGGUGACUUUUCUAUCCAAACCAUGGUGACUUUUGCCUCUUUCUGCCACCUACACCUUAAACUGUCGCACAACACCAUUAAACUUUACCUCACUGGGGUUCAGCACCACAGCCUCACCAAUUUUCCUAACAGCACUCCCUUUUUGUCAUCAUACCCCAUUAAAAAGGUCUUGAAAGGUAUAUCAAAGGUUUCACCUCCACUCGCAAGCACUAGAUUACCUAUAGACGGACCGAUCUUCGGGUCACUUAGCAAUCUCCUUGACACAGCCCCAUUCGAUAGCAACACCAAUACGGUGAUCAAAUCUGCUAUAUAUCUCGCUUUCUAUGGCUUUCUCAGACCUAGAGAGUUCACCAUGGUUUGUCAAGGAGAUAUCGCGCUAAGCCUUAAAACUUCACACCUCACCAAGAUAGAGGAUCACUACCUACUUUCUAUCCCUACCACUAAAACCAACCGGACACUACACCCUACAAUAAUUCCUCUCUUCCCUACUGAUAAUGCCUGGUGUCCGGUGAAGGUUCUAGACCAACUACAGUCAACUCUUCACGCUCACCUGCCAGACUCUCCGCUCUUAACAUUACAAGGGCACCCGCUUACCACGGCAAAAUUGAUGUUACACGUCAGAACCCUGUUAUCUAAGCUCGGACACAACCCGGCUGCAUUCUCCGGGCACUCCUUCCGUAUAGGAGCCGCCUCAGCAGCCUCUAGCACAAACGCACCGGUCCACAUCAUCAAAAGGCUGGAGCGAUGGAAAUCCUCCAUAUAUAAUGCAUAUAUUCCGCAACCGGAGAAAGCUUCGCCAAGCUUUCAGGAACUUGGUCUUGUAAAAUGCAAUAAAGUGUGUAUUUUCUCGAAUUUAUCUUUUGCCCUCUUUUAUUUACAGGCCCACUCAUACGUUGGUUUCGGCACACCACAACCAACUUUGCUCACAGAUACUAUCCAUUACGUAUUUAAAUUCCGAGCACAAGUAGAAAGGCCAUUAGGCCUGAAUUUGUGGGAGGAGUAAGUCCCCUACUUAAACUCCCAGCCCCUACUCACCGCUGCCGCUCAGCUGAUUGUCCCCACCCACCUACACCCUGUUUUAAAUACAUUCUCCUUGGUGGGCCCUCUUUUAUUUACAGGCCCACUCGUACGUUGGUUUCGGCACACCACAACCAACUUUGCUCACAGAUUCUAUCCAUUACGUAUUUAAAUUCCAAGCACAAAUAUAUAUAUAUAUAUAUAUAUAUAUUGCACAUACCAGUCCUGCUUCUUUGGCUACACUACUAAGGGAGAAGAGGGGAUUUGCUUGUGCUGGCCAGUGGAAAUGGCAAGGCUUGGGGGGAUUUUACUACAAAUAAGUGUACAAAAACUUAUUGUGGCAAUGAUGUACAAUUGGCAUAACUAAUUAAGGAUGGUUAGCAGCUGUUUAAGGUAUGUCUCAUAGAACCUGACUCUAGCAUUGUUUAAAAAUGUAUAUUUGCUAGUCAAUAUACCCAUAACUACAAAUAGGUAUACAUCAUGUGAGUGUGUGUAUAUUUGAAUAUAUUUAUUUGUUAGUGUGUUCUUAAUUAGGGUGUGUGUGCAUGAGUGGCUGGUUAUUUAGUUGAAAAAGUACCCAUAUGCUUUGCGUUGGAUAACUUGUUCAAUGCAGACAAGCCCUCAGGAAAAAAGUCUGUGUUUUUGGUGGCUACUAACUUAUGAUUUGACAUUGUGAGCCUCCAAUUACUAGACUCUGACUAGAUAUUGUUUGUUUGCACAUAGGUAACUACUCGGUGAUUUGUGCACACUCUUUUAGAAUGUCUUAUGAUAGAAACAAAGAUACAUGAUAUGCAAAAAAUGGGCAACUUGCUUUCAUAGCUCACGGUAUAAUAAAACAAUCUUAUCUGUAUAUUUAAUAAACUUUUACAGGUUCUCGGAAUACUUAGAUGGCUAAUUUCAGAAUGCCGUUUCCUCCAGCUUCUGCAGAGAUUCCUUCAAAUGAGAAGCAAUUCUACAAUAAGGCCCUUCACGAUUUAUUGAGGAUGAUACAAAAUAGCAGUUGGUAAGCAGGCAGUGCUAAUUGUGACCAGUUUUGGUAUUCCUCUAAUGCAAGCAUGUCAAACUCAAAGGCUAAGACGGGCCAAAUAAACAAGGUUUACGUUUGUGGGCGCAAAACAAAACUAGGCUAAGAAAUUUAUGUAUAUAGCCAUUUUGCUUAUAAGUUUUUGUUACAUUUGUCUAAACCACAGAGAUCACACUAUUACUUUAGAUACUGGUAUAUAUCCAAGGAGCCCUCUCCUCACUUAUGUGAGAAGAUUUUGGCUUAUUCUUUUUUUCUUUUUCAUACAUUGGGUUAAGCCCUGAGACACCCCUGGAGUGUCUCACUGAUCUAUCACCUCUGUGACUGUGUUAACACUUAAGACACACAUGGCUGUUAUGCUGUUGUAUGGGUGUAAUACAGUCAUAGAACCCUUUUCUAUUAUUUAGAAAAGUACAGUAUAAAAAAAGUUGCCUAACUGUCACUGGACGUCCUCGCGCUCGUAGUGCUUCAAAAUAAACAAAAUUGCAAAUUUAUUUUAAGAAAUGCAUUUGCAUAUAAACGUUUCAGUCCAACUACCUUGACAUAUUAAGAAAUGUUUGGUAAUGGGACUGAGAUGGUGAAUGUAUGCUGUUGCACAGCUGUAAAAAAACAAAUUAUGUAAUCUUGUUUGUUUUGAAGUUCUAUGAGUGUGUUCUUCACUUUGGCUGAGAUAAUCAAACUUGAUGAUCUCAGCCAAUCCAAUGUUUUCCCAUAGGAAAGCAUUGGGAGGCUUUUGUACGUGUGUGGCAAAAAGCUGCGUGGACAAACAGCGCCUCCAUGCAGAUCCAAUCUAACACUCUGCCCCUCCUCCCACUCUAAUACAUUGCCCCUUCAUAUACUGCCCCUCCUCCCUCAACUCUAAUUGAAUAGGCUGCCCCCACUCCCACCACUCUACUUUAAUACACUGCACUCCCUCCCCCAAUUUAACACACUGCUCCCCCACCACUCUAAUACACUGGCCCCCUUCCUCCCUCAAAUAAAUACACUGCACCCUCCAUCCCAAUAAUCUAUUGCCACCACUCCCCAAUUUAAUACACUGGUCCCCUCCAUCCCCCAGGUUAAUACACUGCCCCUUCCCUCUCUUAAAUUAAUACACUGCCCCAUACCACUACCACUUUGCACUGCCCUCCCUCUAAUUUAACACACUGGCUCCUCAUCCCUCAAAUUAAUACAAUAGGCCCCUCCCCCAAAUUAAUAGUGCCCCUCCCAUCCUCAAAUUAAUACAGUGCCCCCCCUCCUUUAAAUUUAUACACUGCCCUCCCUCCCUUAAAUGAAUACACUGGCCCCCUCCCUCAAAUUGACACAGUGCCACUCUGCCCUUUUGUGGCAGGGAGAGCAAGAAUCAGGAAAUAUUUUUCCUGUCUUGCUGGUCGCAGCCACAGCUGAAAGCGGCCCCAGGGCAGGUGAGCCACUAAUAUGUUCACUGUGAGCAGCAUGUGUGACAUGCUUGCUCUAAUGUAUUUAUGUGUGAGAAAUGGUAAUACUUUUUUAGUUGCCAAAUGAUUUGGUUUAUUUCCUCCCCAAUUUAACCUACUUGACCUAACAUUUCCUGUCAUUUCACCACAAUUCCCAUUUUGGUUUAUAACCCGAAAUAAUUCAUUGUCUUCCUCAUUGAGAGACGUUGUCUAUAAGGGCUCUCGUGAUCUCAUGGGAUCCGCCAUAGGCAUCGGUGUUGUACUCUUGUGCAUAUGUGAAAAUACAGUACUGACGUCGGCUCCAGGCAGAUGAGUUGAAGAUCAAAGAUGCCAGCGCCGGCAGUGGACAACACCAGGUAAGUAUAACUCACCUCUACUACAGCCUCAGGCUACCGCUCCCCAGUGGUGAAGUCACCAUUGAAGGUGACAGACUCUUUAACUUAGUGUGUGUCCAGUAAACAGUGACUAUUUGAAAUUGGAAACUGUUUAGGAAUUGGUCUUUAAACAGACAGGAGCCAUACCAUAGUUUCUACAUCGUCGGUUCACUGAUUGGUAAACCAGAGAAUGUUUUACAAUCACCUAAGCUACAGGCUAUGCAUGCUCAGUCUGCUGUGCAUCAAUCUUGGGGAGGACAUAUUCCCUAUUGUGUGUGCAGUAUGAUCGUGCUAAGUGCACAGUAGGGAAAAAAUGGACGUGGACUACCUCUAAGGAAUGGUUUUUGGCUUCCCGAUUGACAGCCUUUGUGGACUGUCUUAUAGCACCAAACCUGGGGUUUGGCUCAGGGCCUUAAAACCUUACAGUUUGCUGUAAUUUAACAAGCCUAUGGUAACAAAUGGAGGAACUUAUCAUAAAUAUAUACAUAAAAUAUAUAUUUUUUCUAUUUUAUGUGUGAUUGACUAGAUGGUUCAGUUAGUUUUUCUCUGCCAUUAUAAUGUAUGUAUGUAGUAAUUUGAACAGUUUCUAAACUAGAAUUUAAACAUUUUUGUCUUUCAGCUCACACAGAAAUGACAUUUCUUAUGAUUUAAGCCAAUUUGAAAUAUCAGCUGAACAUAUUGAUGAACAAGCUGUAAACCCAGUCCAGGAUGUGAGCUCUCAUAUGUAUACAGAAACAGGUAUGAUUUUAUUGGAUAUAACGAGGAACACUUUCAAUGUGCAUUUUUAAGUUGCGAGGAAGAAUGUUUUUUGUUUAAAAAUAAUUUAUGACCAAAUGAUAUUCUGUAGAUUAUCAUGAGUUUUAGGGUUGCCACCAUCUAAAGGCCCUAGGAGAGGUGUUAAUGGUAUUCAGAAAUCAAAGAUAGACCUUUAUUAGCUACAAUGGGUGUAAAGAAUUCAGAUUUGUAACCUUUUCCGAUUUGGGGAUUUUAAAUCCUCACCGGUGGCUGCCACAAUGAAGAAGAAACCACAGAAGGUCAAACAAACCAAAUACCUUUCUAGCAGUCUUGAUGCUUUUUCGUGUGUGUGUGUGUCUGUGUGUCUAUCAAAAGUAUAGCAACACCUACCUCUGCAUGAAAUUCAACAUCUUUGAAUAGAAAUAAAAACAAUAUAACAGUAAUAAAAAACAAAUUAAAUCAUAUACCAAAUUAAAGGAAAUUGAAUGUAGAUUUCAAAUCUAAAAACAGAUCAGCAUUAUUAUGUUUACUUUUUAUUCUCAAAUGACGUUUAUGGUACAAAGCACACCAUACGUUUUGAAAAAGAAAGACCACAUUGAGCAUUUAGUUGUAUCAAACAAUCAGAGGCUGUUACUUUACAGCCAAUCGCAGCUUAGUAUUCUGAGCUCUCAGCUGAAAUAUCAAAAUAGCAAGAGAACAAGGGUGCUUAAAAAUUAAAAAUAGUGCGAUAAUUCAAGCAGCACCUUUUAAAGUGCCAUAUCCCAUAAAACAAACUCUAACAAUAAAAGAUUUUUUAAAAGUGCGUUGUUUAAGUCCAAAAAUCACAGUGAAAAAUGUUAAGACACAGUGUAUUUGUUAUUAUUAUAAUCCUCUCUAAACCUGUAUAAAGUACACGUUAACUUUGUACAUAACUUAUUAACUUGGCAGUUAAGAUGUUGAGAGAAAAUGUGUCUGUUGCUGACCAUUACACUAUCAUAAUGUUGCAUAGGGAUGUAUUUUCACUCCACCAAAUUGCUUUGAAAGUGAAUUGUCUGCAUUCUACUCUGUCUGGGAUAAUUAGGCACUCCGCACCAGAUCAAUAGAGACUGAGGUCUACCGCACCAGGCAAGACCCAAGGUACAGAUUAUGUAAAGAGGCCUCCAGCACAAAGUAGCCAGGUGCAAGAUGUUGGCAGGAACAGCAUACGAUAAGAGGCACAACCAAGUUACUGGGAAUGUGUACUGAAAUAUCUGCACAGAGUAUGGGCUGGACCUCCCUAAGUCCAGCUGGGAGAUACCACAAAGAGUAGUUGAAAAUGACAGGGCUUCCUGGGUUAGGGGGGCCCCGCAGACUGUUUCACUCUCUGAGUGCCCACUUUGCCACAGACCACUCUGCUGGAGGGAUGGAAUGGAAGGGGGCUCUGGAAGGAGGCCAAAAACCCUCUUGGAGCCAAAGCGGAUCCAGUAGUUAGGGUGGAUGGAAAUCCUCACUGCUGCUACUUUAACAUCAGCCCAAAGAUUAUGUUCACAAAGGUGGUGAAGGCCCAGCUGUGGGUAUACCUGAGACCAGUGCAGCACACCUCCACUGUCUACCUGCAGAUCCUCCGUCUCAUGCCUAUUACAGAGGAGGGGAGUAAACACAUCCGCAUCCACUCUCUGAAGAUUGACUUGCAUUCCUUCACAGGCCACUGGCAAAGUAUUGACUUCAAACACGUACUUCAAAACUGGUUUAAGCAGCCAUACAGCAACUGGCGUAUUGAAAUCAAUGCAUUUGACCCCAGUGGAAACGAUCUAGCAGUGACUUCGUUGGAACCAGGGGCAGAGGGGUUGCACCCUUUCAUGGAGUUGCGUGUGAUGGAGAACAACAAACGAUCAAAGCGUAGCCUUGGACUAGACUGUGAUGAACACUCGACUGAAACCAGAUGCUGCCGCUACCCUCUAACUGUCGACUUUGAGGCCUUUGGCUGGGACUGGAUUAUUGCCCCAAAACAUUACAAAGCCAAUUAUUGUUCUGGCCAGUGCGAGUACAUGUUUAUGCAGAAGUAUCCCCACACCCAUCUUGUUCGACAAGCGAACCCACAGGGCUCUGUGGGCCCUUGCUGUACCCCAACCAAAAUGUCACCCAUCAACAUGCUAUACUUUAAUGACAAGCAACAAAUUAUUUAUGGCAAAAUCCCUGGUAUGGUUGUAGACAGGUGUGGCUGCUCUUAAGACUCUGGUCCCCUACUUCUACCCACUUGCUUUUAACUCCUUUCUUUCUCUCAAGGGUAUAAACAGACCAAAAUUUGGGACUGAAGGUGGCACAUUUUAAUGUUUCCAAUCCCCAUUAUCCUAUACAGGUUAAGCUACAGAUUUGGCACUCUGCAUCUGAUUUUUGCUUUAUAGUUAUGUUCUUGCAAUAACUGGUGUUAUCAUUGAAAAUGUCCAGUUGAGAGUUAGUCCCUGGCCAAGGUAAACAAACAUAGUUUCGCAAACUGUGAUGUGCCAUAUUAUGGUAGUAGUAAGAAACCAAGAAUUGUGGUUGGCAACCUAAAAACCAACCUCAGUGGGUACAAUGUGAGUAUAUUUGUUUUAACUUUUUUUGGGAACAUUUUAACUCCCAAAACAAUACUUAGAAAAACUGGGGUACAAGUUGAACCAAAAAAUGUUAAGAUCUAUAUCGCUGUUGACAACUUCUUAGAUUUUAAAAUGCUUAAUAAUUUUAAUGUCACCCCUUUUAUGUUCUUGGAAUGACGAAUACUGGCUCUCACAGUGCAUCACAUUGAUUGCAUUUGUAUUCUGCUAUCUCUACCCCAUUUUUCUUCUACCUGGCCAUCUUUAGGAUUCCUCCUGUUUCCUUAGCCCUUGCAACACUCCCCAUUGAGUGAAUAAUGUAUUUGUUGUGUCUAAUGUUCUGUGCAAUACAGUAAAACAAAACAAAGCAUAAACAGAAUAAAGUAAAUGAAUAACAAAAGGCAAAAAAAAAAAGAAAAUGACAGGGCUAAGAUCCUGUGGGACUUUCAGAUCCAGACAGACAAGCAAGUAAUGGCCAACUAACCUGCCAUUGUGUUGGUAGACAAGGAACAGAAGACUGCAGUGGUGGUGGAUGUGGAAAUAUUCAGUGACCAUAACAGCAGGAAGAAGGAACAUGAGAUGGUGGACAAAUACCAAGGACUCAAAGAGGAGCUAUGAAGGAUGUGGAAAGUAAAAGCAGUAAUAGGCAAAGUUGUGAUGGGAGAACUCGGGCUGUGGGGGAUGGGGCAGUGGAUUUAGCAGGUUCCAGAUUGACCAUCUGAGAUCACUGUCAGAAAAGGGAAGUUCUAGGAACAGCUAAGAUACUGCACAGAACCCUCAGACUCCAAGACCUCUGGUAGAGGACCCCAGAAUGAGUAAUACUCAAAAAUAUACCACACAGAGGGUGAUAGUUGUUUAUUUUAUUUUUCAACAAGCCACUGCACCCAUGCAACUUCGUUAAGAAGUGGCAUGGGUGCCUAAAGUGAUCCUUUUAGGUGCUAAGAACAUUUUUAUGUCAUUGUAUUUGAGCACAUAAAACAUAAUUUCCUGUUCAAUGUUUUUUUUUUUCUUGCUUGAUUUGGCAAAAAUCUUUAGUGUGAUUUCAGUUAAUUGCUUGGAUGAUCUUCUUUUCAAAAAUAUUUACUUUUUUUCUAUUUUGUUUGAUGCAAAAAAAAGAAAACAAAACAACAAAGCGAGCUUCAUGCAAAAAUACUAGUUUGCUCACAGCAUAUAACUACUGUAAAAAGUUGGAGGGUUUUACACAAAUAAUGUGAUAUAUUAUCCUCUGCAGAGAGGACCAGGGUUUGAGUUCCUGAGGGAGCCCUGUUUUUCUUCAAACUACUCAAAUGUGACUUAACAGAAAACUGGGGAUGGUGCCAUAAGAAUCAUUGCAUCAAAACCAGUACAAUGUACAGUUUUUAUUGUACUUCGAGUGCUCCCUUACUGUUAUUAUUCAUGGAUUAAUACUUCUCCUAAGCAUUCAGAAUUAGGCCUUGGAGAGAAAGCUGUUAAUAUAAAUAACUGCAUCAGUUUCUUUUUAUAUUACCAGAUGUUACAUUGCCAUCUCAUUUAGUUGCAAACACUUGCACGGAGCCAUCUCUGGAAUCCAGUGCUGCCAUGAAGCAAAAUUCAAAGAAAACACGGAGCAAUGUGCUGAAAGGCCCAGCCCUUCUGCCGUCUGAAAUUCAUGAAAUUUAUGAUGAAUUAUUGGGAAUAUACCAAAAACUUCAGGUACAGAACUUGGGGAUUAUAUUUCUUAGAACCUUUGAAUACACUUGUAAAAUUAUAUUCAAGGAGACACAGUAUUAUUUGUUUCUUUGGUGGGUUUAUUAAAUAAGUUUUAACUUUAUUUAUUUUGGGGGAGGAAUGGGGGUUUGCCUGUGGGCAAAAGUCACUUUUUAUGAUCUUAAAAGCUCCUAAAUAAUAAGCUGAUGCCAUAUGUCUCUAUAGUUUGUAUAUAUUACCUUACACUUUUCCAGUUAAUUAGAGAAACUUUCUUGUAGUAAUCAAUCUGUAAUUGAAAUGGGAUUUACAUUUAUCUAAUAGGAAGAAAGGGUGUCCCAGGAAGAAUAUUCACAGCAACUGAAAAAGCAAGAAAAGUGUUUGCGGGAAAAACAAGAAAUGCUUUUUAAACAUCAAGUUACUCUAAGCAAAAUUAAAGAUGUUGAAGAGAUUGUUCAUGCUAAGUUUCGAUUUAUGAAAGAGGUAAGGUUAUUAAUUCAGUCUGAGUUGAAUCAGUAGUUUUUACAUUGAAAUCCAGAGUUCUGAAUUUAAAAAAAAUCACUGUAAAAAUAUAAGCAAUACUUUUUUUUUUUUUUUUUUUUUUUUAAAUUUUCCUCCAUACUCUACAUCAGAAGCUUUUGCCAAAGUGAUGCUUGUUGGUAAUAGGACACAACAACUUUAGUCUUGUUCCAUUUCUCACUCAUAUUGCAUACAAUUCAUAACACAUGUCAUCCAUUUGACACAAAGCAGACAGCAAUGCACCUACAUCCCACGCAUCACCAUUUUCAGUGAUUAUUUUAUGACGCUGUGAACCUUUAAUUGCCAUCAGUUACCAGUUAAAGGGACACUGUAAGCACCAUAAGCACUGAAGUUUAAAGCUGAACCUACGCUGUGAAAAUAAAAUAGUUUGACAGAAUAUGUUGGUUUUAUACACCAGAUAUCAAUGGGAAAACUGUGUUGCAGACAAUGUGCUAUCUUGACAAUGUAAAACAUUCCUCUCUGCUGCUUGCUCAUCUAGUGCCUAUUAAAGCUUGCCUCACCUCGCUCUUCCAUUUUUAUUUAUUUUUUAAAAUAUACUAAAACACACAACAAAAUAACAAUUGUACAGGAAGGAAAAUAGUGGUCAAUGUAUAUCGAAUCAUAAAUGAUAAUGUAAUUCAGGUGAACUAUGUGAGUGAGUCAGUUGGGCUGAAUAGCCAUUGACCUACUUUGUUAUAAUUUUAAUUUGGAGACUUAAUUGGUCUUGGUUUUAGAGCCUCCCUCCUUGCUGUCCCAUCUUUACUCUGCAAACCAAAGACUUGCUGAGAAGCUGCCACUAAACAUGCACGACCUCACACAGUUCCUAGUGUGUGGGUGCAGCAUGGCACCACUGGAUGCAUAUUUUUACUACAAUAUAUUUGGUUCUGGUAGAUACAUGUACAGCGGCAUCCCACUAAGUUGAUGAAGGACAAGAUUUCCUAGCUGUUUGAUUAAUACACUGUAUAGAUUACAUUUUAUUGCUUGAGUAGUUAAACAAAGUCAUGGUUGGCAUGUGGUGCACUUUUUUCCUUUACCAUUUGGAAUACAUUUGCACUAAUUUACAAAGUAACCUAAUUACCUAAUUAAUUGGGCCACUGAUACUUGAUUUAUUUUUCUUUUCUUUCUCUGUUUAUGUAAUUAAAUCGUCUCCUUUUUUUUUACCUUUUUAUUAUUAUUUUCCCUGUGGUUUGGGAAUUGGUUUGUUGGUUCACCAUUUGUCGGCGUUAAAUAUUUAUUUAGCUCCAUGUAAUUGAAAUCCAGUCUAAAGGAAAUAGGUGAUAUUGGGAGAUUUUUGUCUAUUCUGACUAAUCUGCUAGUUUAACAUUUCUAUAUGGAAGACGUUUCUACCAGUAAAUGCAUUCUGUCAUAAGCUCUACACAUUUUUUUUUAGCAACAUGAUGCAGAAGUUAAACAGCUGUCAGAUGCCCUAAAAGAGAAGAUUAAGGAAAACAAAAGGCUGAAGUCUUCUUUUGACACUUUAAAAGAAAUGAACGACAACUUAAAAAAACAGGUAAGAUAAUUAGCUCUUUAUUCCUUUCCAAACAGUGGACCAAUUUCACUCCUAGUAUAAUUCAAAUCACACACCCUCUCCUUCUCUACACACUCCCCAUGCCAAUUAUUUUGUAACUUUAGAGAGAUUUCAGAAUUGUCUUUGGUACUUCAUCGGCCAUGUAAUAAAAAAGCUUCAAAAAGGUUUUUGUCUAAGUAAGAUCAAGAAAAACAUACUAUUUUCACCAGAGUGAACCAUUUCAUAGUUCGUGAAUAACAUACUGACCUUUCUGUCCAAAAUUAAAGGAAUUUUAAAAGCAUCAUAAAUAUUACUGCCCAUUUUGGAAUGGUUUGAUAACUUACUUGGACACCUGCAGAUUGUCCUUCAAGGAGAAGCCAUUUAACGUCUCUUGGCUGUGCAGGUAAUCUCUCAUGGGCUGAGAGUGUCAGCCAAGCAUACUCGGCCAAUGAGUCUCGUACUGUAUUGGACAGUGCUUAGCUCAGGGAGACAUUUGGACAAUUGUUUAAAUGAUUGGAAUUACCCAAAGUAAUUUUACUUCUAUCCAACCAGCACUAUAUUUGAACGGGUGUCAAUAGUAUGAUAUUAUAAGAUGAGAACUACCUGGCUACAAUUUAUGUAGUAAUAAAAAUAAUCCUUUGUCUAGUUGAGCUUGUGAAAUGAGGUUACUUAACGAGGAUGACUGAAAUGUGUCUUCCCUAUAUUGCUUUAAAUGAUCCUAUAAUAGGUAGGUUAAGGCAGGAACAUUUUUAUAAAUACUUGGAUCCAAUAAGUGGCCAUUUGGAGAAGCCAGAUGUGUUGCGGGUACCCGUGACGCCAUGGUAAAUUGUUUAAAUGGUUAAACUGCUAACUGACAGGGCUCCAUGGCACUUCUGGCACCAUAAUCCCUGAGCAGACUGUAGUGGCCACGAUGCUUGGAAUGUUAAUUUAAACACAAAACUUCUGUGGUUUAGUGACUCCUGUGUGUGUCUAAACAAGAUUCAGGUCUUCUACUUUUCAUGUUUAACGUUUUAGUCACUAUAGGCUGGCUGACUGGUUUUGGGGCACCCCACACGGUCAACAAAGUACUGAGGUAUCCCAGUAAUAAGCAUAGUAGGAUGUGUAUAAUACAGUUCUAGAAAGUACCAAGCUGUUUCCUCUACAUACUUUUUACCCUGGUCUCCUUUCAACUGCAGCUAAAUGAAGUCAGUGAGCAGAAUAAGAAACUGGAAACUCAAGCUAAGAAAGUUCAGGCUCGUCUGGAAAAUUUACAAGUGAGUAUCCUGUUUUCUGUAUUAAUAUCUUCUGUUACCAUUUGGAAGUAAUAUGUUUGCAAACCACUGACAGAUUUCUUGUGUUUUCAGAAAAAGCAUGCGUAUCUUACUGUGCAGAAAUCCAAGCCUAUGGCACAUGUACCACUCACUCAAAAACUUCCAAAGCUUGAGAAAACCUGUUCCAGUAAAUCGAAGGUAGGAUGGACAUAAUGAACACUUGUAUGUUGGAUCUAAAGAGUAUAUUAAAGGGGCAAUAAAGUAUUAGUGUCAGUGGCAUAUUGGCACAUUUAAAUUCUAUUUAGCCUUCACUACGACAUGGCUAAUUUCUUGAUGUGAGAAGCACCUAGAAUAAGUGUGUAUCUAGGCAGAGGAUACACACAUGUUGUCCUCACUGUGCUUGAAGAACAUACACAGGUCUAAAACUAGAGCAGUGAUAGCUUAUUCCGCAUCACAUGUUUCUGAACUACAUUUCUUAUUCUACACAGCUAGCCUUAGGGAUGUCUAGCUUAGAGGAAUCUAACAUUGAUGCAAUUGAGCAUGCAGGUUGUUUUCUAUCUUAACUAGAUUGUAAACACUUCUGAAAAAGUCAUUGCUUUAGCUUCUAAAACAUAUUUGUCGCCUUUUUGAUUACGUUCAUUCUACUCUGACAAUAAGUAAACACAUAAUUUGGCAACCAUACUAUUAACUAGUAGCUACAUAUUAGCAACCGUUUGUGUUUAUUACUUUUACCAGCUCUGCCUGUGAGGAAAUUAUUUGCAUCUGGGUGUUCUAAAUAGAACAUAGAGGGUAUUUUCUCAGGCAUUAUUGGGUCAGGCCUUUAUGGACUGAAUCAUUUUAAUCCAUUCACUAUCUCUCCAAAUUUAAAAGCCUGCUUGUUUUACACAGAUCAUGCAAUCUAGUUGCUAGCCUUAAGUAACUUUUUUUAAACAUUUUUUAUUUAAUGUAUUGCUAUUGAAAUAGUAGACUAUAUAUUCUUUCCUUAUGCAGGGUUCAUAACUUGAGGGCAACCUUAUUGAUAUUUCUGAUGUAUAUUAUAUUGAUAUUGAGCAAUAUCCGUGCCAGUUAUUAUCAUAGCAAAGGAAAAUGCUGGCAACAUUUCUAUUUUCAUUAAUGAGUGUGCCUAAAAAGGUUUUACAUUUUCUUAUCCAUGUGUUCAAAGGCUAUACAUCAUCUGUUUGUUUGAUUUGCCUAAUUUACUCUUUUGAUGUGCAGAGAACACAGCUGGAAACAGUAAUGUUUUGGCUUUGUCACAGGUUCCUAAUAAUGUUCAAGUGUAUGAGCUCUUAGCUGUUCUUAUGGACUGGAUCUCUGAAAUGCAGGUUAAAAAGUCAAAAUCAGAGGAACAUGGAAGCCAAGACAAGUCAUUGUGCUUAAGUAAAUUGCCUCCCAACUACGCUCAGGAAAAGUCUGUUAAGGUAUUCUUAUUAUUUUAAUUCCUAAAUAAAAAUGAGUUAAAGUACAGACACAAAGUACUAUACUUGCACAUCUACUCAACAAUCCAGGUAUAAUUUUACAGCCCAUAAUGGCGGUCACCGUAAAUAAAAUUUUUUAUGAAGCAUAUUUUAUUAGGUGACAUAUCUUUUCUAUAUAGGAAAUUGUGUUUGGAUUUCACUGGCUGCAGAUCACAGAAAACGUAAAGACGCAUUGAAACAAAAACAAUUUGUAAUCAUAAGAGGGUCAUACUGAACUCCACUUUCCUUAAAUGGAAGAUGCCUUUACACAUAGUAAAAAUCACUAUUAAAACCUUGCAUGCUCUAUUUUUAAUUAGACACUGGUUGAAAAUGUUUCCCUUUCAGACAGGAAUUACAUUUUGCUUCCUAUUUUCCUUUUCUUCGGAUUCUCUCUCUCCCUUUCUUUUCCCCUUUUUCAUUUCCUUUGUUAAAAAAAAUACUUCCAAACCCUGUAGACAAUUUUAUUUGCCUAGCAAAUAUGUGAUGCCGACCGCACUGCAAUGAGAAGUGUUUGCAAGGUUUCCAAAAUAUUUUGACUACUGUUCGACUAGGUGUGUGCUUCAGCUUUCUUACAUUGUAGUGAUCUGUGUGCACUGUUCCUGUCCCCCUUAGUCCUGCAAUGUAAGGAUUAAGACUACUCUAGUGGCUGCCUACUAGUCAGCCACUAGAAGCGCUUACAGCAGUUUCACAAAGUUUAACUCGUGAAACGAUUUUUUUGGACAUCCUCACUCUUUGCAUGAGGACAUCCAGUGACAAACUAAAAAAAACAACAACUGGAAAGCAUUGAUUAAUGCUUUCCUGUGGGGAAGGCCUAAUGUGAACGGGGCCUUAACAAGGAACACCUGGUUAAGAUAAUUCAUAUUUUAUUAUUAACAAUAAAAACAAAUGCAAUCCGGUUAUAUGUAUUUUGAAGUAUAAUCAGUUUAAAGACUGUGAGUAUGCCAAAUGAGCCCCAUUGGUUUGUCUGUUUUUAAUGUUGGUGUGUGUGUGUGUCUUUUUGAGGUACUGUGUGUUCUAUUUAAUAUAAAAAGUUUGUCGUCUUUUUCAGAUCCUACCUGUUGUUGUAGAGCAGUUUCAGUGGAUGCCUUUGGUCAGUCCUAAACUUCAUCUGGCUUUUAUGAAGUUUAUAUAUUGGACCUUAAUGCAAAUGGAAAAUAAAACACAGGUAAGUACUCAGGUUUAAAUUCAACUGUGUUGUGUGUACACCCACCCCAGUAAUGGUGGAGCGCUUUAGGCUGAAAACACUUACACCAAAUGUUAAAAGGUAGUACAGCCUACAAAAUACAAACACAUAUAUAGUGCCAUAUUGCCAAUAUGAAAGUGAUAUUAGGUGCUUUAUUAUGGACAAACUCACAUUUGAUAGAGCCAAAUCAGGACAGGCUCUAAUCACAUGGGCUGGUGUGUACUCUGGUGACACUGCCCCUCUUCCUCUGUAUAUUAUUGUGUGAAAGUGGGAGAUAUUCACACAAAAUAAUUUUUAACUGGUUGACAACGGUGAAUAAUAUUUAACUGAUGCGUUUUUGUUUUUUUCGUAAGUCUACAAUGACUUCAACCUUGAGGAGACUGGGGGAGGAGACCUUUAAAGGAGUAACUUUUCAGCCCACUCAGAAUUCUUCUUUGGAGAACAUGAUAGAAAACAAACCAAAGUCUUUACCCUUCUUCAAAAGUAACGACUUGCCAUUGAGAUUUGUGUCAACUUUGGUUAUAUUAAAAACCGUUACACAAGGUAAGCUUCAUCUGUUACACUAAUUAAAAUAGACCUCUCGCCAUACCAGGCAUAAAGUGACUACUAGCCAGUGCUACAUUUUCACUCACCAAGAGCUAGUGAAAAGUGGAAAUGGAAAAGUGGAAAUUUUGAGCCUUGAUAUAUGAUGUGUGUGUUCAUUAAUCUUUCUUUGUUUUUAGUGGAUUACCUUGCUCAAGCAUUGGAUUCACUUUGUAUGGAUUUGAAGAGUGAUGAAGGAAGAUCUCUUUUCCUGGAAUACCAAGCAGCAACAGUUGUCCUGAACCUUUUAAGUUUUUCAGGCAGAGGCCUGGCUUCAUAUGUCCUAGAUAUCUUACUUCAAUUGUCCAUGGAGACCAGUAAGUGCGAUUUCAAAUCUUUAUCCACAUAGUAUUGUGAAAUGUCUAUAUGGCAAUUCUUGGUAAAAGUCAAGUCAGAAUGAAAUCACUGAGUAAUGGAAUGAUAAACUAAGAAAAUGAAGGUUAUUGUGUUGGGUAUGUGUCCAUUUUUCAUGAGUAAAGGUUGAAAUUGGAAGGCUGCAUGUUUGAAGGACCUUGUAAUAUACCAUGAGGGUUUCAAGAUGGCAGAGAAUGUGUUUGUAUUUUUGUUUUGCGGUUACAUUUUUCUUUUCUUUUAACCUUAUCCAACGUAUAUUUGGCUUUUAAGUUCCUUUUUAGUUCUUUAUGGCCAGUCAGAUCUGUGAAAUUAACCUUAAAUACAAAUAAGAGUUGCGGAUUCAUAAUUGCCUAGAGGGCAAUGAAGGUUCAGUGUAAAGCCACAUCACAAGUAUAACUCCUCACUAAUAAAGGCAAUUCUGAUGCCUACAGAUGUGUGUAAACUUGCUUUUUAAAUAUGGAGCCUAAAAAUGAAAUAUCUAAACUUUCAACAUACCGGCCCAGCUCCAUCUCCAAAUCUAGACAAGGAAAAAUGAAUCAGAUUUACAUUUCUACAAGAUAUCGUUUAGAGGCAGAAAACUUAAUGAGUAUUAAUGAGAUCAUCUUUGGUGAUUUAUUUUUUUUUUCUUCUUUUUAUACACAUACACAAACAGUCAAAUGGGUUUGCUCAACAAGAGAAUGCAAAGAUUCUAUGAAACAAAGUGAUGGCAGUAAGGCAUUUAAUACUAUUAAAUAUGAAGGACACUAGGAUAUGUUCCUUUCUUGUUUCCAUGUUGGUGUACAAACAGCUCAAGUUUAAUAAUAGAUUAGUUAAUAAAAUGUAGCUCCUAAUUUUUCUAACAAGUUCCAUUUGUUUAGAUAAGACUACAUUAUGAAUCCUACCUGGUGUGCACUACUCUUUUCCUUUUAAAAGGUCUUAAUAGUGAUUUUUACUAUGUGUAAAGGCAUGUUCCAUUUAAGGAAAGUGGAGUUCAGCAUGACCCUCUUAUGAUUACAAAUUGUUUUUGGUUCAAUGCUUCUUCACGUUUUCUGUGAUCUGCAGCCAGUAAAAUCCAAACACAAUUUCAUAUAUAAAAAAAAAAAAAGAUAUAUGUCUAAUAAAAUAUGCUUCAUAAAAUGUUUUAUUUACGGUGACCGCCAUUAUGGGCUGUAAAAUUAUACUUGGAUUGUUGAGUAGAUGUGCAAGGCCCGUAUCUAAACUCUUAUUCCCUGCUACUCAUCAACUCCUACUCAGUAAUGUGUGUAAUGCAUUAGCGCAAGUGCCAUUGUGACAUACCAAAAGCAUGAAUGUUUGUCAUUGUAAUGGUUACCAAUCACUGUCUCGCCAAGUAACCCCAACUGGCCUAAAGAUUCAGGUCAUAAACUGUUAACCUCAACAAAUGCACAGCAUUUUGUUUGUCCUUCUUUGUCACUAUUAUCUCUCUCUAAAUGUCACUAGUCUUUUCCUUUAUAUGGCAAGUGGCAUAGGGAGAACUAGCAACAUGUGGAAUAAGAGAGCCAGUGAACAUUCCUCCCCUCGUCACAUUUCCCUUCCCUGUUUUAUUUAGUCAUUGAAUUCCACAGGUAAGGCCAACACAUUGAUCCUCUGCCAGUUCCUUUCCCUCAAGGCAAGCCACAGUUUGCAUAAAACCACUGGUACAGUAAAGCAAAACCCACCAGAACACUGACUGUUUACACAUUCAGAAUUUGUGUUUACCUGGGGAUCUCCACCACUCCAAGGGGGAGUCCCAGCUGCUCGAACAUGUCUUUAAAGUUGUGGGACAAUCCAAGGUGUUUGGCACCCCAAUAUAUUCAUCAUCCCCACAUUUGUGCUUUACAUACAUGAUCUUCUAUCACAGUAUACAUUUUCCCCUAACUUUUCCAAGCAGAAACAGACAGGAUUUGAUCCAAUUUAAUAGAUAGCUUAGGAGGCCAAUGUCAGAAUGUGAUCUAAGUAUUUUUUUUAAUGCUAGAAGCCAAUUCCUUAGUUUUUGAGUUUCGAUUUUAAUGUAAUUUUAUUUAAGGACACGGAGGCUCAUAUUAUGCUAUUCUCUUUCUUUUAUUCCUCAGCAGCAAGAAAAACUUUAUUUUAGAGAAACAAUCAACCAUGUAAACAUGCCCCAAAGGGCAAGUCCUACAAUAAUACAACCAAUCAGCAUGCCUUCAGCACUCUCAACUCCCCAUGUGACCUUAAGCCACUCCUCUUUCUUGCUGCUGCCUUCCUCAGCUAAGUACAUUUUUAUUUUCUCUCUGUAUGCUGCCUGUGUGUUUAUCAUAUUUAUUCAUUUUGUGGCAGUUUCAUUUAAAUUUGUUUGUUUUCUGUGUACUGUUGGGCUUCUGCCCUAUCUCUCCACUUAAUUUCCCAACUGGCUCUAGGUUUUUUUCCCUCACCUAGAGCCAACCCCUCCCUCCCCUCCCAUCUCUGACUCACUUCAGGUGGAUUAUCACCUACUGAGUCAGGGCGGCUAGCAGCUCUCAGUGUGGAGGCUCUUGCCGCCCAGUCUGUUUUUCUUGCGCCUCUGAGAUCUGUUCUCGGGGGCCUCCCUCCCCCCCCCUCCGGUUCGCGGCUGUAACCGCGGCUGGCGCCGUUUCGCGCAUGCGCACAACGCUAGUGCGCAUCGCGGCGGCCAUCUUGCGGUUGGCAGUUUGCCGCGGUUUUUUCGUUCCCGGGCUUUUUAGUGCCUGUGGGGGCGGGAGUGUGUCCUGAUUGGACAGCACAGUUGCUGGGCAGCUCACCAGUGUCCCCAGGAGCCAUUCCUGAGGGAACACUUGGUGAGCUUGCCUUUUUCAUAUUCUGUCUGUUAAUUUAUGGUGCCUUGGGUAUUUCUGUAUCAGUCCUACUGAUACAUUGCUAAUACCCAGUUUUUUUGCAAAAAUCAGGGAAGUCACUCCAUUAGUUUAUUUGGGUUCCCCACUCACCCCCCUUUUUUCUUGUUUUACUUAUAAAUAAUAUAUUCUUGUACCUAACCACAACUACUGCAGAGGGGUUAUUUCGUAAUGCAAGCUAGUAAGAGUUUGGGCAUGGCCUCCAGCGAUUCCCCCAUUAGGGAUAAUAUGCCCCCUGCCCCCCAGGUUGUCCCCAGACCGACUGGCUCAACUGUCACUGAUGUGGCAGACCAGGAGCAAAUGAACUCGGAAGAACUUCAUUCUCUCCUGGAUGCCACUAUGACAAAAUCCGUUACCCAAGCUGUUUACUCAGCCAUGGGAGUUAUGUCGGACACUCUGUCCCACUCUAUUAGCCAUGCCCUCUUGGCCGCCCAACAGGCCUCUACGCACAUUGCCCCUAACCCUACAGAACACAUUACUGGCAAGGCCAGUGGGCGCAAAGCCACCAAAAAAGCUUGUCACAUGGACGAGGAAGCCUCCAAAACUUUAAGGACAGACAGGGAACGUCCUGUCAAAGAUAAUGUGGUUGCACCACAACAAAGAGCCACCCACCGGGCAAAAUCGGUGCGGAGUUGGAAAAGGGCAAAAGCCCAAGUGGAAUCAUCCGAGUCAGAUUCGGAACAGGAGGAGGCAUGGAGCGAGUCUGAUGAUGAGGACUCAUUCAAUUUGGGCACACUAUUUCCCGACCACAGCGCUAUAUCUAUGUCUGGGAAUGAGGACGAGGACGGGGUGGAAGGCUUCACCCUCCUUGACCCACAGGGCGAACCUUUGUUUGACCCUGAUAGUCUGCAGCACCCAAGAUCUACUGAAUGGUUCCCGCUGGACCAUGUGGCAAAAUAUAUUGCCGCACGGAUCAGGAAACCCCUUGAUAAGGUGGCAAGAAGUAAGAUGCGGGCAGAAUGCCCACGCCCCACGCUCCCAGAUUUAAUAUGUAUCGCCCCUAUAGUGGACCCUAAGAUUGCCCAGUUCCUGGGGAAAACUGGGUGGAAGGCGAAGAAGGGUCUCGAUUUUGCACUUCGCCAUUGCCAGGAUAAGAUCCUGGAUGUCCUCGGACCCAGUGCAAAGAUCUUUGAUAUGGUUGAAACGGCACUGGCAGGCGGUGCUCCCAUAGACCCGCUAGCUAUCAGGGGCUGGAUACAGCGAGCCAUAUGUCUUCUUGGAAAUGCCAACGUGGCUCUAGCCACUGAGAGGCGAAAGGCUAUAUUGAUUAAAAUCGAACCAAAGCUAGUUGCCUUGGCUAUCACUGAACCUGGGCCACAGGCCAAAGGCCUUCUUUUUGGGGAUAGUUUUGUGAAGGAGCUGGGUACCUAUGUGGGAACUUUUACUGCUCUGGACAAGGCGCAAGCCAAUAUGAAAAAGGUAUUCUCCCAUAGAGUUUUUGGCGGGGCCGGCAGAUAUCGGGGCCGUCUGCCCGGCCGUUCUUCCCGGGGCUCGUACCGGGUUUCUAGAGGCCCCUUCCAGUCACGUUACCAGAGUGAGGUACCGAAGCCCUCUCCAUUCUUCCCAGUUCGAGGAAGACCCUGGCAGGCUCGUGGAUCCAGAAGCGUUUCCUAUGGCCGACGCCCUUAUGGUGAGUCUACUUCCUUCAUCACUAACUUCAGUAACGUUGGUGGGGGGCAGGUUAGGCCACUUUAUCGAUGCCUGGCGAAUGUUAACUUCCGAUACUUGGGUCCUACAAACUGUAGUGGGUUAUGCCAUAGAAUUUGUACAAACACCUGUCCAGAUAUCCCCCCCCAGACACAUAGUCUCCUCCAUCCACGACAGGGCACUAAUCACAACGGAGAUACAAUCCCUGGCCGACAAAGGUGCAAUCAUAGAGAUGCAUCCAGGGGUUUCAGGUUUUAUAAGCAACCUGUUCGUGGUGCCCAAGAAAGGCGGGGGUGUCCGUCCGGUCAUCAACUUACGUCCCCUGAACGCCUUUGUUGCGUACCACCAUUUCAAAAUGGAGGGCAUCCACUCCCUCCGAGACCUACUCCUCUUGGAGGAUUGGAUGGUCAAACUCGAUCUGCAGGACGCAUACCUCACCGUCCCAAUGGCCGAGGAUUGCCAACAUUUCCUCCAGUUCCAAUGGGAGGAGACCACAUGGCGUUUCAAAUGCUUGCCCUUCGGCCUCUCCUCGGCCCCAUGGUGCUUCACGAAGCUCAUGCGGCCAGUGAUCGCUCUCCUACGCAGCAGAGGAGUACGUCUGAUUAUAUACUUGGACGACAUGCUGCUGAUGGCACAAGACCCACUCUUACUCCAAGAACAUCUGAUCUGGACAAAGACAUUACUCGGCAACCUUGGUUUCCUCAUCAACUGGGGCAAGUCGGUGGUACAACCCUCCCAAGUCUUGGAGUUUCUAGGCUUCACCAUCGAUUCAGUGGAAGGGACACUCCUGUUACCAUCGUCCAAAGUCAGGAUCAUCAAGAAAGAAAUCCGCCGGACACUGGCUCGCCCUGCAAUAACGCUACGGCAACUGGCCAGGAUCAUCGGCCUUCUCUCAGCCUCCAUCCAGGCCAAUUUCCCGGGCCCACUUCACUACAGGGCCCUUCAACGCCUAAAGGCGAAAUACCUUCGGUCAGGUCUCUCCUAUUCAGACUCUGUGCCUCUCGAUUGUGCUGCCAAAGAAGAACUCUAUUGGUGGCUGCAACACAUGGAAGCAUGGAACGGAAGAGCAAUCUUUGGGACGAGGCCGGACUUCGUCGUGGAAUCGGACGCAAGUCUGCUGGGCUGGGGCGCGCGUUGCGGUCCUAUCUCCACCGGAGGGAAAUGGUCCCCAGACGAACAAGAGUUACACAUCAAUUGCCUCGAGCUUUUGGCGGGGUCAUUUGCAGUUCGGAGUCUCGUAGGUAUCUCAACCAACUGUUCCAUUCUUUUACGGAUGGACAACGUGUCAGCGGUCCGCUACAUCAAUCAUCUCGGGGGUACGAAGUCAGUGGUGUUAGCGGAUCUAGCAAAAGACUUCUGGCACUUCUGCCUGGAUCGCAAUAUUUCGGUUCAGGCGGAACACAUUCCCGGGAUGUCCAAUAUGGUGGCGGAUUGGAAUUCCAGAUACCUACGGGAUGCAAGCGACUGGCGGCUGAAGCGGGCCAUUUUCCUGCAACUUCAAACACUCUGGGGCCCACUAGGGAUCGACCUCUUCGCUUCACGGUUGAACUCCCAACUACCGAGUUUCUUCAGUUGGAGACCGGAUCCAGAGGCAUUGGCUUCAGAUGCCUUCCUCCAUCAGUGGCCGAACACACGAGCGUACGCUUUUCCUCCUUUCUCAUUGAUUGCGAGGACGCUUCUACAUCUCAGGCGCUACCGAACCUCCAUGAUUCUCAUCGCCCCAUUCUGGACGGCUCAACCGUGGUUCCCUACACUCAUGGAGUUGUCCAUGGACUACCCAAGAUUGAUUCCAACCUCUCCGGACCUCUUGUUGGACCCCAACGGGGAACCGCACCCCCUGCUAUUACAAGGACGCCUCCAACUACUGGCAUGGCUCCUCUCCGGGGACUUGGAUUCAUCCCGGACGUUCCACAAACAACUAUUGACCUUCUGGCGGGAGCUUGGGCUCCUGGAACACGGAAAUCCUACUUACAUGCCUGGAAUUCAUGGAGUGGUUGGUGCAUGGAACAACACAUGGAUCCCUUAUCGGCACCUAUAAGUCAAGUUUUGAGAUUUCUCACUUCUCUGUUUGACCAUGGCCUAGCCUAUCGCACGAUAAAUGUGUACCGAUCGGCUAUUUCCGCAGGCCACCAAGGGUGGGAUGGUGCCCCGGCUGGUAAACAUCUCCUCGUAUGCCGACUCCUGCGCGGCAUUAGAUUUGCACGCCCACCACUACCUAGAUACUCUUCAUCAUGGGAUGUUGACCUUGUCCUCCAGUUUCUAGCAGAUUGGCCAAGGAACGAAGAUCUCUCACUGAAACAACUCACAGCAAAGCUGGCGAUGCUGUUUUCUUUGAUCUCCUGUAAGCGGGUGUCGGAUGUGCGUGCGUUGGACUUCUCUGCACGUUCAUUCACCCCCGAAGGUGUCUCGUUUAAUAUUUCCAGGCGUACGAAGACGUCAAUCACCUCAGUUUUCUACCCGGCCUUUCCAAAUAACUCCAAGCUCUGCCCAGUAGCAUGUCUCAAGGAGUACGAGUCCAGGACUUCUUCGAUUCGUGAUCCUGCAUAUCCUGAGUUAUUCCUGGCCCUUCGUCAUCCGUAUCAUCCUGUUUCAACAGUCACCUUGUCUCGUUGGGUCAAGUGGGUUAUGAAAUUAGCAGGCAUCGACACUUCUGUGUAUGGAGCACACUCGGUCAGGGGAGCCAUGGCGACUAAAGCAUUCUCCAAAGGCUGCAGGUUGGAGGACCUACUCCGGGCGGCUGAUUGGUCCCGCAAAUCUACCUUCAAGGAAUUUUAUUUUCGGCCAGUUUCUCAUUUUUCAGAGGUGGUCGUGUCACAGCUUUGAACUAGCAUAAUAUGAGCCUCCGUGUCCUUAAAUAAAAUUACCAGAUUUUACUAAUUUCAUGACGUAAAGUCAUGAUUUUAUUAAGGACACGGAGGCGAGUAUUAUCCCACCCGAUGCAGGUAAGUGGUGCCCUCCCAUAGCUAAGUGGUCAAUAAGUUUGUUACGAGUUCAGAUUACUACAACAUAAUGCAGGUAUUGACAGGUUUUGGUUAGAGGAUAAUCUGGGUUUUGGUGGCAUAUAUUCCGAUGUCUAAUUCUGUUCAAAAGUCCAGAAACAUAUUUUACCAGUUUGUUUCUCUGUUCCUUUCAGCUCCAUGAGCCGGUUUGGCACCGUUGUGCAUGGAUUUCCUUCAGGACCUACGGGAAGAUCACAGCUUAUAGAGAAUACUGGAUUUUUCACUGUGGCGGUCCUGGACUUUUUGCUUUUUUUCCUUCAUGUUGAUGUGUUUACUAUGGAUUUUUUGUCGACAACACCAAGAAAGAGGAGUGGCUUAAGGUCACAUGGGGAGUUGAGAGUGCUGAAGGCAUGCUGAUUGGUUGUAUUAUUGUAGGACUAGCCCUUUGGGGCAUGUUUACAUGGUUGAUUGUUUCUCUAAAAUAAAGUUUUUCUUGCUGCUGAGGAAUAAAAGAAAGAGAAUAGCAUAAUACUCGCCUCCGUGUCCUUAAUAAAAUCAUGACUUUACGUCAUGAAAUUAGUAAAAUCUGGUAAUUGUUUGCAGAUUUUUUUUUUUUUUUUUUUAAACCAUAUAUUAUUGAAUUUUCUGUUUUUUCUAAGAGGUAAUAGAGAAUGAAGAAGAGAGGCACAUAUAUCAAUAAAAUUGUAAUAUUUUUCAAAAUAUGACAUUUAUUUUAAACGUUUAUCCCAAAAUAGUCAUUGAUUUGGAAAGCUUAUCCAAUCUAUACUAAAUCAAGGUCUCACAUGGAUGAGGAAGCAAACUUCCUUGUGACUUUGCAAGCUGCGUGGUAUGGGCUUAUGUGUUGGGGAAUCCUCAAGAUAGUUUGAAAAGUCUUUGGCAAACACCAGAGAGAAUGCAACGAUGGGUUACUAGCACUAACACAAGCUUCAGUAGUUAUGGUGUUUGUAGUGUAGCAAGCAAAGAAAAAUUAUCAAAUCCUACAGAGCAUGCCUGAAAGUUCUAUAAUUCCAAUAACUUCAAUACUGUUAAGAUGUACCCCAAUAUACAAAAGUUAAAUCACUUUUAUUUCAAAUUUUAAUAAAAAAAAACAAAUCCAAAUGGUAACAACCGAAAAAGUGAAAAAGAUGUGCACAACCUAAUAUAAGAAAUGACACCAUUGAACUCAAGCCUACAAGAGGGCAAAGAACAGUGGCAGCAAUCCUACCCCCAACGUUUUGACAUUGAGCAAUCAAUUGUAGUAUCCCUUUAAACGUCUGUAUGGUAUAUCACAGGACACCCAUUAAUGCUUUCCAGUAAAGUUGAAACUAUUAAGAAUGCAUGUCCAUGAGGUAUCUUUUGAAAUUUGAAUAUCAUUAUCUGCUUUAUAUUAACAAGAUUGCAAAGUAUUUUUUUUUUCACAGCUGCACAUGUCGAUACCCAUCCACUUUGACCUUCUGGAAUUAAUAAUGGUGCUAAUGAAGUUAUUCCUUGAUAUAUUGCAGGAUUUGUGCGGCCCUUUUUGGAAUCUUGUAGCAGUGAGUCAUUUUUUAAGACCUCUGCUAUAUUGCUAAAAGACCCUAAAGUUGAUAUUCAGACAUUAGAAAAGCUCAGUAUUGUCCUCCAAAAGCUGUCCAAAGUCAGGUAAAUAUCUUUACACUUUCUGCUUUUUUACCUUAUUUGAGUAUCUUAAUGGUUCUCUACUUAUCUUUAGAAAUCUCCCUCCCGAUAGAUUAAAAAGGGGAGAGGAGCUAUUAAAGCCACAUAUAUUCUGACUGCAGGCUUUGCAAGAUGUCCCCUGUUUUCCCUUAUUGAAACUUCUCAGGUGUUUGUGAGUAAAAGGAGUGGGGUUGCAUGGAGCAUGCCCUAGCUGGACUGCAGACAGGAGAGCAGGAAAGACCAGGUACAAUGGAGGCCUGUGAACAUGCAUGCACUCACAGGCUCAUUGACCCUCUAGCAGAGAACACCUGACAUUUCUGUUAGCUCAGUGGAGCUGACGGUAGGAGGAAGAAAACUUCCCUGGCUGCCUUAUGGACACAUGUAUCUCAAUUGAUUUUAUAUGCUUUUAUAAACUGGCUUUAUAAUUUGAUACUCUAUAGACCUGAAGCAUUUCAGCAAGUUGUUUGUGGAGUGGACAUUUAACCCCUUAAGGACCAAGGCUUUUUUGAAAUGCAACACAUUCGUGGCCUUUUGGAGGUUCUGCCAUGUAUUCAUUCUACCACAAUUUAGCUUGCACACAACUCACUGAAUACUUUGUAGUAAUUCCCAUUAGCAGGCAGCCAAUUGUACAUAUGAGAGUGGCAAAUUGCACUUAAAGCAAAUUUUAUAUAUUUGCAAAAACCAAGCAUAUACAUUAAAUUUUAUUAUCAUGUAUGUGAGGAAGCUCCACUGAGCAGGGUAGACCCUCAGGAAGGAUCAUGAGAGAUGAGCAGGUACUUAGGGAAAUAAGAAAUCUCUGUCUAAAUACACCAUAAUAAUAGGGUAGCCAUGGAACAAUAUAAUAUAUAUGUCUUAAAAUUAGGGAUAAUAUAAAAUAAAUAAAGCAGGAGCCCUAAUAAUAACAAAGUGGGUAAUACUUAAAAGGCCUGCAUAAUAAAUUGACAUCCAUCAUUUGGUUGCCAAAAGGACAUUUGCAAAAUACGGAGUUAAUGUUAUUGCAACACAAGAUUGUCGCCAAUAAGGGACGCUAAACUUAAAUAUUCUUUCAUUCAAGAUUUCUACGUUCUUCUGUUUUCUUUGUUGCACCUAAAUUGAUUAGUGUUACUUUUCAUUGUGCAGCAAAUGACAUUAAAAUGUGCUAAUAUAUAAAAUGAAACAUGUUGUGCCUUUUCACUUAUUAACAUUGUUUUUGUUUUCCUUUUUGUUUUCUUUAUGAAUUUCAGGAGCAAUAAGAAAUUCUUUGAGCUGUUUAAUAUUCCUUCAGUGAUUCAAGAAAUGCAAAGAUCUGCCAACCCAGAUCGGGCCUUUCUUAUUAUUAAUUUGAAUUCUAUUCUAUUUCACUUGGGCUUCACCAAAGCCAACUCACCCAGUAGGAGCCCAAAUCAUUGAAAUAUGUUAUAAUGCUAUUGACUUUUUUUUCAGUGUGGAAGGUAUGAUGAAAGAUUUUGAGUGCAGAAAUGACCAGCUAAGGGAUUAAAAAAAACAAAAAAAAACAGUGAUCCAUGGCACAAUACACAUGGAACAUGUGAAGGGUCCUGCUAAAUACACCCACUCCUGCUUCUUCCUCAUAAUACCACCCACCCUGCUGUUAGAUCAGUUAUGUACCGUAAGUGUUUUGUAAAUGCGUCUUGCAGAAUGUAAUGUGAAUGUGUCUGUAAUCAUGUCAUGUGGGUGCUGGAUGUCAAUUAGAUGUCAUGGAUAAUGGAUGGCCUCUGUGUGUGUCAAGUGGGUUUAGUACAGUAAUCGUGGAACAUAUUUAAAUUUUCAAUACCUGAUUUUGCUUCUAGAACCAGCUUGAGUUUGGUAAGCACUGGAUAAGCAACAUAUUACACUCCUUUGUGUUCCUGUUUAAUGUGUACACCUUAUACCAUGUAAUUUGUGCAAAAUUGUAAAAUGUUUUUUUGUUUGUAGCCCUUGAUAUUAAAAAUGCUAAUUCAGAUUGAUCAAUGAGUAAAUUUAUUCAAGAACUGUGUAUUAAUUACAGUAUACACGUGUUUUGUGUUGUAUCUUUUAAUAUAUAUAUUAUUUAUUUUAAUAGUGAGUUGUUUCAUUUUGAGUCCAUAGACUGUGAUCAAAUGUAUGGGUUUUUAUACACAUGCUAUAUUUUGUUAUGUAUUAGACUUGUGUUUACUAUGAUAUUCUACAUGUAUAACAUUACAUAGGUUUUCAGAACCAUUCUCACAUAUUUGCUUAUAAUGCCACCAAAUGUUUUCCUGAAAUAUAUUUAAAAGGGAUAGUAUACUCAUAAUUUACUUUAAUGUAAGCUAUUGAGUGGUAGGCUUUAUUUCCCUUUUUCAUUAAGCCAUCAAGCACUUAGUGUUAUUUAUUAAAAUGUUGCUUAUCUGAAUUUCAAAAUUUAAGUUGAAACAACCAAAUUUAAACUAUAGCCGUCUUGAAGAUUUAAUUUCCAGUUUGGUUGUUUAGCUUUGAAAUUCAUUCUGAAUUCUCUGCAAUUCAGAUUUUAGUGACUAACCCUGCUUGUAGACCUAUAUGAGAUUCAUUGCAUACCCAACACAAGUGAAUGGACACAUUCCUAUGUUGAGAUAAUGUUGGUGUAUGGUACUAUUUCAUGCGUCACAUGAUCAGACAUGCAUUUCACAAUGUUAAGCUACCUCAUUAGGAGAUCUACUACAAAAGCAAGAUGACUGCUGUGGGACAUAUUAAAAUAGUGAUUGCGGAAAAUACAGCUCUCUGUACCAGGCUUUUAAAGUCCAUUUUAUUUUGUGUAGAAACUUGUGAUCUUGUUCUAAUUGAAAUUUGUGAAAUCCAUUAAUUUUUUUUUUUUUUUUUGUAUGAGAUUUUUCUGCAGUUCUGUGUUUUGUUUUUGUUUUUUCUACCUUUUGUCCCUUUCAGUAUGCCUUGUUCCCAAUUUUACGUAUCAUGUUACAUUGCG